GAUGAAUGUUACGAGCCGAGAGGACUCCUGUUUUUUUAUCUGCCAUCAGCAGAACAGAUAAACAAUGGAAUAUGAAAUUACGUUUAACAUUGUAGAAACUAUUUUUGGACGAGACAACCUUUAAUCAGGACUCUCCAGUAAACAACAAACUUUUAGAUUAAAUUAUAAAGGCCUGAUUAUGCUCCGGGUUAGAUCUAGAGAGGGAAGUAUGCAGAGAAGUAUACCUGGAAACAUGAACUGCAUGAACAACAAUAUUGAGUCUGGAGGGAGAGAAGAUAAGGAUCCUGUAUCCAGAGAUCAUCAUAAUUCCUACAGGAAGAAACUGCAAAAAGGAGAGAAACCAUUAAGCACACAGGAGAAGAGGUUUAUGCUGUGCUCGGAGCGGGGAGACUGUGCUUCUGUUCGGAAAAUGAUAGAACUCUACAAGAGUAGAGAUGACUUUAAUAUAAACUGUAUGGAUCCCUUGGGACGCACUGCGCUCUCUAUAGCAAUUAUAAAUGAAAAUCCAGAAUUGAUGGAAAUCCUGCUGGAGAACGAGAUCAAGACCUAUGACAGUCUUCUCCUGGCCAUAGAGGAGGAGUAUGUUGAUGGUCUAGAGAUCCUUCUAGAACACGAGGAGAGAAUAUGGAAACCAGGGACUCCACAUUCAUGGGAGGCUGUUGAUCCAGUUUACUCUUCAUAUACUCCUGAUAUAACACCAUUAAUUCUAGCAGCUCAUAAGAAUAAUUAUGAAAUAAUCCGUAUUCUGCUGGACCAAGGAGCUAGUCUUCCCCACCCUCACAACAUCAAGUGCAGCUGUCAACCUUGUAUAAAGUUUCUCAGUGAAGAUUCUCUGCGCUACUCUCUCUCUAGACUCAACGCUUACAGAGCUCUCUCCAGUCCAUCCUUGAUCUCACUAACCAGUCAGGAUCCUAUACUCACUGCUUUCAAACUAUCCACUCAACUCAGAAACCUGGCAAAGAUGGAAGCUCAGUUCUGUCAGGAAUAUACCUCAUUACGUGAACAAGUACAAAGCUUCGCAACCUCAUUAUUGGACCAUGCCAGGAGUUCGUAUGAACUAGAAGUGAUUUUAAACUUUAACGGAGAACAAACAACCUGGACUCCCGGACACCAUCAAACCCUAGGUUAAUUUUAUUAAAUCAGAGGCCGAGUUUAAAGAAUUUAAACCGCGUCACUGAACCCCCCAA